AUGGAUGAUCUUCUUACACCCGUGAGCACUACAUAUCUCAAGCCUCGAAACGAGCCUGAGCCGCUUUUUAGAGAGGUCAAGACAGCUUCUUCGCAGGGGGAACCAAGAACGCCCAGUGUCAUCUCUACGGCUGAUGACGCUGUAGAUGCUCUCAAAAAUCAACCGGACUACGACAGUCUCAUCUCAGUCCUGCAAUUUCUUAGUAGCCACAGAACUGCCUCUGAUGGCUUUUCAUUCUCAGCGCCCAGUCCUAAGAAUGCAUCGAUCAUACACUUGCUCGUCACCGAAAUUGCACCAAACUACUGGACUCUUCUACUUGAAGGAGCUGUAGACGAAGCUACACAUUAUAAUACAGCACUUCCAUCAGAUGCAGAUCUCUUUAUUUGCUGCCUUCGCAGUCUGACUGGUCUCAACGCAGUGAUCACGCAAAUCAGAGCCCUCAUCCAAGAAGCACGCCUAGGAGGAAAGGAAGAAAGAAGAACUGACCUGUCUCUGAAUCUUGGGAUUCUUUUGAGCGUGCUCUCUUCUAUUCUUGUUACCGAUGGAUCAAUUCCUGCCAUAUGGUCUGGAUCAACCAGGUCAAUAGCCAACGCCAGUCUGCAGAGAGUACAGUCCCAAAAGCUGAGCUCUAUCCUCACCAAUGGCCAAAUUGUAUCAACUUCUGCAGAAGCUAUGGAGAUCAUCGGGCGCGAUAAAGUUCGUGAUGACACACAGUGGGUUGGCGACGGACUGCCAUACAGCACAUGGAUGGGAAACGCUAUUGUCGCAUGGGUCACUUCAUCUCCUGAAGCAGACGCCAUGUCAUUCUCAUCUGAGCUAUUUCAGAGGGCACUAUCUCUGCAACAUUCAGAAAAUCUUAUCAAAAUUGUGAUUGAUCGACUUAUUCUUUCCCCCGAGAGUUCGGUUUCAACAUUUACACAGCUUGCUCUUAGCCAGCCCCGGACAUCUAAAAAGAUCAUCCAUCUUCUACUUCGUCAUCUUUCACAGAAACACCUGCAAGGUCUAAGCCUAGAUGAUACAUCCCCAAACGACAAGGUCUCUGCAGUGGCCCGGCUUCUCAAGGAACUAGCCUUGAACGAUGCAACGAGAAGAGAAGUACUUAUAAACUGGUGUGCAUCUUCAUCUGGUGCCGGACUUGGCGACGGCAUUGGAAUUCGGCGGGCUGUUGUGGCUGCACUCGCACAAGAUCGAGACGCCAUCAUCGCCGUGCUGGAAAAGAGUCUCGCGCAGUUUGGGGACGAGCUGUACAUCAAGCAUUCUGCGAUACUUCAACAGAAUGUGCAUACCCAGAUUUUGCUUCUUGCCGCUGGCUACGUGCACCGAAUAUCUCCUAUCAAACUAACGUUACUCAUGCGAGUUGGUACCUAUAUGACCACUAUCUCCAAUCGAAUUGGAUCAACGCAGUCUACGGCUCAGUUUCUUGGACUUGUUGUGGGUGAGACCCUCUCUGCCCUUGUCGACGACAAGAAGAAGAGACUUGACUUCAAGAUGGAGCAGACAGAAACAGAGGAAGCAAAGCAUUUGAAGGAUUUGACCAAUGUCUACGACCCUAUUGGAUCGAUCGAUCCUAUUCUAUCGAAUCUCAAAACCGAGACGAUACCUCAAAAGCGGAAAGUGGUAGCACCGAACAAGACUAUACAAAAGAAGACAAAGCAGAGAAAGAAGCCAAUUGUCACAGAAUCCAAACCCAAGGCCAUUAUCGAGGAAGUCGAUUCGUCAGAUGACGAUGAAGAUCUUGCCCCUUAUUCGAAGGACUCUGACCCCGAAGACUCAGAUGACGACGCGACACUUGUCCAGCGCAACAAACCCAAACCGCCUGUCUAUAUCAGAGACCUCGUCUCAUAUCUUAGGGACUCCGAAUCGUACGACAAGCAGGUACUCGCCCUCCAGACCGCACCAGUUCUCAUUAGACGCAAGACAAACUAUGGUACUGAAGUCAGCUUCCAUGCCGAUGAGUUGGCUGGGCUUUUGGUGGGAAUCCAAGACAAGUUUGAGAUUGAAAACUUCCAGGACUUGCGCCUGCAAGGUAUGGUUGCUUUGGUAGUCUCCCAGCCAAAGACCAUGGCCCCUUGGUUCGCCCGCACCUUUUUUGAAGGCGAUUAUUCGCUUCAUCAACGGACAUCGGUCCUUAUCACUCUAGGUCUCUCAGCCCGGGAACUGGCAGGGUUCGAAGCAUCCGAGUAUCAGUCGGCUGCUGCCUUUCCUUCGAAGCGACUGCCCGAAAAGAUGGAGCAACUUUACCUCAAUUCGACAAAUGACAACAGAGCUCUGCCAUCUUCUCAGCUGAAAACACUUCCAUCAAAUGCUCUCGAUACUAUCUCACAGUCCCUAACAUCUUCGUUCCUCGCUCCACUCGCCGCAGAAGCAGCCGAUUCUAAUACAGGACCUGACGUCUUGAAACUUCAGACUUUCACGGCACGCUACAAGUCAAAGACGAAGUCCAAACCUCGAGUGCGCGCCAUUCCCAACACCACUGCAGCUCUCCUCGCCACGUCCUUCUUCUCCCCACUUACUGCCCAUUUUCAAGUCGCUCUUUAUUCUGCAAAGCCGAUUAUUCUUAAUCACGCACUUCUAGCGCUUUACCUGCAAACCUUGGGCAUCGUGAUUCAUUCGGCAGGACCUUCAACGCUUUCCCUGCCGCAAUUGACUGCCGAACUAUGGAAUCUGCUUCUCGGCGUGCGUGUACACGUUUUGGGGGAUCUCGGCGCCAUGAAGGGCUGGCUAGUCGCCAUGGCAUCGCUCCUGGAAGUGAACGGUGGUGACAUGCGUCGACUCUGUGAAAAUCAAGGCAGAGAAGUUAUGGAAACAAGAGAGUGGGUUGCGAUGGUGUUUGAGAAGACAAGAGGAGAAGACGGCGGGGAGGAGAACGAGGUCAAGAUGCUGUCAGCGGGCGUGUUGAUCAGGAUAGGAGAAGCCAUUGAAAAAUAUCAAGCUUUACUAAUGGGAGACAUGAUUGGAUUCUAA